CAUCAACGCAUCCAUCCCACUUAAACCGAGAGUUGUAAGUCGCCAGGUCGGGACUGAAGUAUAUAAGAAGCACUAUCGUGCCUGCAACCGGGAGAAUCAUGGCCGACCAGAAACAAGACAACUGGUCAUCCGAGGCAUACCAGCACUCGGCCUCGUUUGUGCCCAAGCUGGCCACCAAGGUGGUGCAGUGGCUCGACGUCCAGAAGGACGAUGUCAUCCUCGACAUUGGCUGUGGCGACGGAAUCCUCGACGUGCAAUUCGGAAAGAUUCUUGCGCAAGGGAGCGGCUCGCUGCACGGCAUCGACGCCUCGCCGGCCAUGAUCUCGGCCGCUAAGAGGGCGGUCGAGGCGGCGGGUCUGUCGAACUGCGAGUUCGAGGUCCUCGACGCGACCCGCAUCGCAACGUCCCAAACGCCCACGCUACACGCCCCGACCUUCACAAAGGCCUUCUCCAACGCGGCGCUACACUGGAUCCUCCGGCCGCCCGGGUCACACGUGCCCGUCUUCACGGCCAUCCGCGACGCCCUCCAGCCCGGCGGCACCCUCGCGCUGGAGAUGGGCGGGCUCGGCAACGUCGCCGAGAUGCGGACGGCCAUCGUCAUGGCCGUCGCCCGGCGCGUCGGCCUCCCCAAGGCCGUCGAGGCAGACCCUUGGUUCUUCCCGGACGAGGCGUGGCUCACGGACGUGCUGGAGCGCGAGGUCGGCGGGUGGAAGGUCGAGAGGGUCGAGAGGGAGUGGCGGCCGACGACGGCGGACAGAGGCGGCGUCGAAGGAUGGGUGCGGCUGAUGGGCAAGGUGCUGCUGGACGCGGUGCCGGAGGAAGGGGGGCAGCGCGAGGAGGCCGUCCGGGAGGUUGUGGAUGUCCUGAGUCACGUUUGCAAAAUUCCCGGGGACGGGGAGAUGAUCAGCUAUGUGAGGCUGAGAUGCCUGGCGAGGAAGCUGUGAUUUGGGUUUCUAUAACCAUGACUGGAAGACGAAAGAGUUACCGAGGUGUGUUCUUGUCCCGGUUCCAACUGGGGUCCGUCAGUUUCUUUCCCACAGAUUCAUGUCACGUCUAGUUGUUCUUCUUCCUUGAUCCACAUGAGCAGAACACCAGCGUCAACAAGGGGCCGGGCUUAUGCGGCAGUUGAAGUCGGGUUGCGACUUCUCGGAAACGGUGUAGAGAUUCAGUCUCAAUGCCCUUAGUCUUGGCCUGCUUCUGACGAACCUGACUGUUUCACCUGUACGAGCUGGACUCAUGGGACUAUACUACCGGCCCAACUAGAUAUUUGUCAAGCUUACUCGUUCCCAGAGAUGAGAACCAAGGGAGGGGGGGUUAGCAACAAAAGAACAUUGAGGUCUGUCUAUCAUUAAAAACAACCUCCGCCAAACUACACUCUUCCACGCCAUCUACCAUUGUA